AUGUCUGGAUUUGUCCUUGGUACCGGAUCAGGUGUGCUUGCUGCCGCCGCGGUCUACUACACUCUGUCUACUCACUUGACAGCCACCACCGCAUCCCUCAGAUCAGAUCUGCAUAACUCCUCCGCCCUCCUGAACCAUUCCUUUGACCCUGUUACACCACCAGCCCAAGCCGCCCUCAUCGGACCUUCAUCUUCCUCGCCUGCCCCACCUCCCUUCUCCCAAGUCCUCCGCCAGCGAUGGAACGACACCCUUACAUCAUUCGUCGGCAGUGCGCGUCAGACAGACUGGCAGGUCAUCGGCCAAGAGGUCGUGGAGGCUGGCCGCGGCGUCGUGGAGAAGUUUAGUGAGAGCGGUACGGCCGAGAAGGCGGAAAAGAAGGUGGAUAGUAUCGUGGAUGCUGUCAGAGAGAAGGUCGGGGAUGCUUUGAGCCCCGCACCCAAUGUUCAGGAGAAGGCGCUGGCCCUCGAGAAGCCUCUUGAAGGGAUCGACCUGCAUAAAGACAAGGUCGGCACUGUGGGUGGUGUCCAAGAAGAGUUGAAGAAAAAGGUCGCCGAGGCCAAGGGGCGAAUGGUCUAG